GGGAGAGGUCAUGAUAUGCAAAGAGUGUAAACACACAGAGUGAGGCCACAAAGAAAGGAGUGCUAAGAUCUUGAUUUUUUCAGCAGUUUCUUAUACAUAUACAUAUAAAAAUCAUCUUUUAUCUUCUUCAAUUCAAUCCCCCCCUCUAAUACCCCGCUUCCCUGUGUACCCCUUUCUGUCAAUCGUCUGUCUUUCAAAGAAAAUCUAAUUCGGGGCUUGCUUCUUCUGUUUUGGUGAUUUUAAAGCUGAAAUCUUUGUUUUAGAAAAGAAAACAAGCAAACCCUUGAAAAGGGUGAAAGCCAGGUGAUUCAGAAUAGAGAUCCAGGUUGAUUUUCUUUGUCCUCUGUUUCUUAGCUUUUUCUAAUUUCAUCAACUUGAAGGGUUUGUUUUUGGUCCCUCAAGGUUGGUUUUUUGUGCAAAAGAAACCUCUUCUAUUAUCUGGGUUUUUUUUCUUUUGUUUACAACACUAGGUAAUUUUGCCAGCUCUUUAGUUUUGUUUCAAGUACUAAUUAACAGGUAUGGCAGCAGCUAUAGAUAUCUACAACACGACAGCACGAGUUUUUUCAGAUCCUUGUAGAGGAGAACUCAUGGAAGCACUUGAACCUUUUAUGAAAAGUGCUUCACCAUCACCAGCUUCUACUUCUUAUUCUUCACAGUCUCCUUCAACUUCUUCUUAUUCUUUCUCUUCUUAUCCUUCUUGCUAUCACAACAAUAGCUUCCCAGUCACUUCACAUCCCAAGUUGGACCUUAACUUUUACACUCCGACGAGCACCCAGAUGUUUUCUAAUGGGUUCUCGGGUUAUAACCAAAUGGGUUUUGAGCAAACAGGUCCAAUUGGGCUUAACCACCUUACCCCUUCACAAAUCCUUCAAAUCCAAGCCAAAAUCCACCUCCAACAGCAGCAGCAGCAGAUGGCAAAUCAUGCUCCCACAUCACAGUUAGUCCAUAACCAAAGGACUAGCAAUUUCUUGGCUCCAAAACCUGUCCCUAUGAAACAACAAUCUGCUUCUUCUCCUCCAAAGCCAACAAAGCUUUAUAGGGGAGUGAGGCAGAGACAUUGGGGAAAAUGGGUUGCUGAGAUUAGACUUCCAAAGAACAGAACAAGACUCUGGCUUGGCACUUUUGACACAGCUGAGGAGGCAGCUUUGGCUUAUGAUAAGGCUGCUUAUAAGCUGAGAGGAGAAUUUGCCAGGCUCAACUUUCCACAUCUUCGUCACCAAGGAGCUCAUGUGUCUGGUGAAUUUGGUGACUACAAGCCUCUCCAUUCCUCUGUUGAUGCGAAGUUGCAAGCAAUUUGUCAGAGCCUGGGUUUGCAAAAACAGGGGGAAACAGGGGAACCCUGUUCUGUUUCUGAUUCAAAGAAGACCGUUUCAGCUCCUUUGCAGGUGAAAAUUGAAGAUGAUUGUUCUUUGCAAGGAGAAUUGAAAAGGGAGUUUGAGAAUCUCGGAGAUGAGGAAUUUAAAGUGGAGAUCCCAUCACCCUCACGAGCUCUAUCUGAUGAGUCAUUGGCUGGUUCUUCUUCACCAGAAUCUGAGAUUUCUUUCUUUUUCUCUGAUUCUUUACAAUGGAACGGGUUUGAGAAUUUUGGUUUGGAGAAGUAUCCUUCAGUUGAGAUUGACUGGUCAUCUAUCUAAGUUCUAAAUUAUUAUUAUGUAAUCUUUGUUUCCUUUUUUCUUUCUCUUUUCUAGGUGUCUUUCAGUAGCUUCUGCAAUGAAUUUUUUUAGCAUUUGCAGAAGUGCUGCUAGUGGGGGAGUCGGUCAGUUUUAGGAGUUUUUAUUUAUCAUGCUGUUAAUAUGUAAGAGUAGGGUCGUCUCUUUCUAUCCCUGGCCUAGCUGGUACUUUUUUUCCUUGCUUGGCCAUGGAGGAGUUUCUGUCUGGUUCGUGUUUUUAGGUCAGUCAGUGUAAUUAAGCACCUGUCUUUGAAUAUAUCAAUCCAACUUUGUAUUCUGUAAAAA